GAUCGCGUUAGGGUGUUCGUGUCAGUCUGUGUCGUCACCACGGUCAUGUUGUCCUCGUUAUAUUGUUUCGAAUAAAACGAGUUCUUUUUUUUUGCAUUUUACAUUUUCGGAUUUUUAUUUUGAAUGAUACUCGGUCCGAUUCGAUUGUCGCGAAUCGAUAUAUAAACACAUAUAUCACAAACAUAUAUAAUUUUUAAAACUAAUUUGUGUUUUUAUGGUGCCAUUGUGUGUGUGUGUGUGUUAGGAAAAUAAAUACAUCACAAAAUUUUAUUUGAAAACAAGAGCCGCGGGAUUUGAUAACUGCAGAGCGAUCGACCUUCGACGCAGAGUCGUUUCUUCUGUCCGGCUGUCGCUGAAAUCUCAAAAAGAUUAUACUUGUCGAUAAUCAGUGUUCUACAAACAGAAAAUUAAACGAACAACUUAGUCAUAAUAUAUGUGUCGGUAGUGAAGAAAACUAAUGGCACCACAAUGAUGUCGACGAUCAAAUGGAUUUGGCUGUGUUGUGUCCUCCUAGGAUACAGAUGGACCGACGCCACGGACCUGUCUCAAUGCAUGUCAGCACUCGGUAUGCAGUCCGGCGCCAUAAAAGACGACGAUUUAUCCGCUAGCUCUUCUUUCGAAAUCGGAAACGUCGGACCACAAAACGCCAGGGUGCGCACAGAGAGGGAAGGUGGUGCUUGGUGUCCGAAAGAGCCGGUCACCAGGGAGCCCAAAGAAUGGCUAGAAGUCAACUUGCACGCCGUAAGAGUGAUCACUUCCGUGGAAACGCAGGGCAGGUUUGGCAACGGUCAAGGUCAAGAGUUCACCGAAGCAUUCCUCAUCGACUAUUGGAGACCUAAGCUCGGCAAAUGGGUCCGGUACAGGAACAUCACUGGCAACGAGAUACUGAUUGGAAACAUCAACACGUACUUGGAGCACAAACAAGAACUGAAUCCGCCGAUCUGGGCGUCGAAAAUCAGAUUCCUGCCGUACAGCUUCCACACCCGACAGGUGUGCAUGCGAGUCGAACUCUACGGGUGCCCUUGGACAGACGGUGUUCUUAGCUAUUCGAUGCCUCAAGGAGAUAAACGCAGCCCGGAAUGGGAGUUCUACGACUCCACGUACGACGGUUACUGGAACGACGAAUUGCAAAGAGGUCUGGGCCAAUUGACCGACGGAAGAGUAGGACCGGAUAACUUUAGAAUGGGAUACUAUGACAUUGAAAAAGGCCAAGGAUGGGUCGGUUGGAGGAACGACACCAGAAAUGGACAACCUAUCGAAAUCAAAUUCGAAUUCGACAAGAUCCGAGAGUUUACCGGAGUACACAUUUACUGUAACAAUCAAUUUCAAAAGGACGUGCAGGUAUUCUCCGAGGCGAGUGUUAUGUUCAGCGUGGGCGGCAAAAUCUACUCUUCGGAACCGUUGACUUACACGUACAUGGAAGACCGGAUAUUCGAGACGUCCAGAAACGUCAGCAUCAAGUUGCACAGGAGAGUCGGUCGGUUUGUCAAGCUCAAAUUGUCUUUCGCCGCCAAAUGGAUAAUGAUCAGCGAAAUCACAUUCGACUCCGACGUUGCACAAGGAAAUUUCACCGAAGAAUUGGCUACACAAUCGGAGUUGGCUACUCAAAAACCGGGCGUUAUGUCCAAAGAUUUAAGUUCUCACCGACCCGAACUCACAUUUCCUACUGCUAAAGACGAAGAUCAGACUUACAUGGCGGUCAUAAUAGGCGUACUGAUGGCUGUCAUUAUAUUGCUGGCCGUGGCCAUUUUCCUUAUCGUGUCCAGACACAGACAGAGGAAGUGCUUCGCCAGCCCGUUGGUGGGCAAAAGCGCGUUGGCUUCCGGUAACGGAUGUCCGGGCAUGUCUUCUGGAAGCAGUUGCGGAACAGGUGGCAGUUACAAAGAGGCUGGCACCGGCAGUUCGUUAAGCCAUCACGGCAUAAGUCAGCCUGCGAAUUCGGUCAACGGCCAUUUGCACGACAUGGACAGAUUGAUCCAACUUGACACUGAACCCUAUCAAGAACCCUACCACGGACAUACUCCUUUCUACAGUUACAGUACCGUAGUGGUCGGUCGCAACAAUAUGGACUCCAACAAUUCAACCUAUGAGUACGCCGUGCCCGAGACUGGAACAAUGCCAUUACUCACGAACGCACUUCCACCGCCCCCUCCGCCGUCGGCUCCUCCAGUGGCUCCUGUCACGACCGACACGUUUGCUAGGAACAGAAUGUAUCCCACGGACGAGAGCAGAAGUAGCAAAAAAUCUUUGCAGAAACAAGAAUCUCAAACGGCGCUGAAACGACGACUCGAACAAACGCCAGUACCCGAAUUCCCACGGCAUCGUCUGCGUAUGCUAUCGAAGCUCAGCGAGGGCAAUUACGGAGCGAUUUACGUUGCCGAAGCCGAUGACAUCCAUGAAUACCAUUCCAAUACUACGUCUGACAAACGGUUGGUGGCCGUCAAGUUUUUCUCGCCGACUUUAACCGAAAAAGAAAAAGCUGGAUUGCAAAACGACGUGAGAAUUUUGGCCGGUCUUGAAGACCAAAAUAUCGCAAGAGUUUUGGGAGUCUGCUCCAUCGAACAACCUUUGUGUGUGAUCAUGGAGUACUGCGAGCACGGUGAUCUCAACCAGUUCCUUAAAAUGCACGUUCCCGCGGAUGCUGCCCGGAAUCUGCCGUCCGGCGUCAAGACCCUAAGCCUGCAAUGUCUGCUAUACCUAGCCACCCAGAUAGCCUCGGGCAUGCGUUACCUGGAGUCUUUGAAUUUCGUUCACCGCGACUUGGCCGCCAGGAACUGUCUGGUCGGCAAAGCGUACAAAGUGAAGAUCAGCGACUUCGGCACGGACAACGAACUGUACACGGCCGACUAUUACAAGCUGGACGGCAAGCUGGGGCUGCCGGUGCGGUGGAUGUCGUGGGAAUCGGCGUUCCUGGACAAGUACUCGACGAAGAGCGACGUCUGGUCGUUUGCCGUCACCCUGUGGGAAAUCCUGAACCUGGCCAAGUGCCGGCCCUACGAGGGUUUCAUGGAACACCAAGUGAUCGAGAACUUGUCGCACAUGCACCUCGACGACGGCAUGUUUGAGUAUUUGCCCAGACCAGCGUGCAGCCGUGACAUCUACGAUCUGAUGCGCGAAUGCUGGAAACGCCAAGAGUCCGAACGGCCGACUUUCCGGGAAAUCCAUUUGUUCCUGCAACGCAAAAACCUUGGAUACGCGCCGGCCGCCUCAUGACGGUUUGGUAAGCGCCCCGAGCCCAAGGACUGGCCGUUCGUCCUCAAGGAAAACGCGUCCUACCUACCGCAGAAGGAAAUCCGUUAGAAGUCUUUCUGCCGAUGUACUAUUGACUAUUGUUGGGAUUGUCGAAAAAAACCACAGUUGAAAAUACAAAGAGCUGUAAAAAACACACUCGUUGGUUAUCCAUACGAAGCGAUUCCAAACGAAAAAUUCUAUAAUAACAUUACCUAUUCUACUAUGUACUUGAUAAUAUUAUGUUUUUGACAAUCUUCGUGACGCCUAGGUUAUAUUAGAUAUCAUAAAAAUAUAUUAUUAUAUUGUUAAUAUUUUUUUAAGACGUCCUCGCUGCACAUAGACAAUUAUACUGUAAACGAGCAAACAUUUUUUUUUUAAUUUGUCAAUUAUUAAUAUUUUCUCAACACUUCUUACGAGCUAAACAACAACAAAAACAUUACUCUCGUAGAUACGCUGGUUUAUUGUGUUAGGGCUAUCAGGUAAGGUCAAUAAAUAGUGUUAUUGCAUUUUUUUUUUAGUUAAGUAAAUUACUAAAUACUUAAUUUUUGUUUAAUUAUAUAAUGUAUUUAAAUAUCUAUUGAUUAAAAGUUUUCAACAAAAAUGUUUAUUCAACAAAUUAAUUUACAUUCGAUCCAUUUAUAUACAAUUACCCAUACUUGACACUGUUUGCGUAGAAGUCGAGCUGAAAGUCAUAAUAGACUGAUAAAAUACAGUAAUAAUAAUGUUAAAUAAUAAAUAAUGCUUGGCUUAAACUGUUCGACUGAGACACUUCUAUCGGGAUCCCAGCGCAAAACAUUUUAUUUGUAUUUCCUAACCAUUUUUAUUUUUUAAAUGUACAAAAACAAUAUAUUUUAAGAAAAAAUAUCCCAAAUCGAAAGAAUUAACAUAUCUAUCGUUUUCUCUUUUGUCUAAUAGACGAUAUUUUGAAUUAGGAAAAUUAUUUGAUACGAUUUAUCUAAAAUAAAAUAUUUUGCAAUAAUAAGUAAAAACAACAACUCCCUCAUCUUCUAUGUAUGUUCUAUUUUUUUAAAACUAUAUUAUUAAUAUGAUUAUAGAAUGAACAAAUUUCGCAAUAAAACGUUAUUAUUAGAAGCAUAAAAUAAACAAACGAAAAAUCAUGAUGUAAAUAUAGAUAAUA